GGAGGACGGAGUAAGUGUUGUUUUUCUUUUUUCCAUAGGUGUUAUUGCAGUAGAGGGGGGAUUUACUGCAGGCUAAUGGCCACCUCAGCGGUUAGACUUGUAACAUCCUUGUGUGUGGCGUUCUCUGAGUCUGUGGAUGAUCCUCAGUCAACAUGAAAGACUAGGAACUCAGCUCUCCGAGGGAAAUGGCUUUUUUUGAUCUAACCCAGUCCCGUGACCUAGCAUCCAACUCCGGCUGCCUCUGAAGGGUUUGUCAGCUGUUAAUGGGAACUACCACUUUGCUCGCUCUCGUGAGGAUUUAAGCUUUUCCGGGACGCCAUUUCUUUCCCCCAAGUUCAGCCAAGGCAGCGACGCUGCGCAGUGAGAGUGGCGAGGUGGUGAGACAAUGGCGAGUAACUCAUAUAGUGGAGUGAAGAACUCCAUGGUGGAGGCCAACCAUGAUGGGGACUUUGGCUGUUCGCUCAAGGAGCUGCGCUCUCUCAUGGAACUGCGGGGUGCAGAGGCGCUAAGCAAAAUUGGGGAAACUUACGGGGACGUUCAAGGACUCUGCAGCCGGUUGAAAACAUCACCCAUAGAUGGUCUAAGCGGACAGCCUGCAGACAUUGAGAAGCGGAAAACAGCAUUUGGGCAGAAUUUUAUACCUCCUAAAAAGCCAAAAACAUUUCUCCAGUUAGUGUGGGAAGCAUUACAAGAUGUAACGCUGAUUAUCCUAGAGGUGGCAGCCAUAGUUUCGUUAGGCCUUUCUUUUUACAAACCUCCAGAUGCCGAAAGAGAACACUGUGGAAAGGCAGCUGGAAGCAUGGAGGAUGAGAAUGAGGCAGAGGCAGGCUGGAUUGAAGGUGCUGCCAUCCUACUGUCCGUUAUUUGUGUGGUGCUUGUGACAGCUUUCAAUGACUGGAGCAAAGAGAAGCAAUUUAGAGGCCUCCAGAGCCGCAUUGAACAGGAGCAGAAGUUUACUGUGGUCCGUGGUGGACAAGUCAUCCAGAUCCCCGUUGCCGAGAUAGUGGUGGGCGACAUUGCACAAGUCAAAUAUGGCGACCUCUUACCUGCCGAUGGUGUCCUCAUCCAAGGCAAUGAUCUGAAGAUUGACGAAAGCUCUCUCACAGGGGAGUCAGACCAUGUCAAAAAAACACAGGAAAAAGAUCCCAUGCUGUUGUCAGGCACCCAUGUAAUGGAGGGCUCAGGGAAAAUGCUGGUAACUGCCGUGGGUGUCAACUCUCAAACUGGAAUCAUUUUUACCUUACUUGGGAGUGGUGAGGAUGAGGAUGAGGAUGAAGAGGAGAAGAAAAAGGAAAAAGAAGAGAAGAAGAAGCAGAAGAAAAAUAAGAAGCAAGAUGGAGCUGUGGAAAACCGCAAGAAAGCUAAAGCCCAGGAUGGCGCUGCCAUGGAAAUGCAGCCUCUGAACAGCGAUGAGGGAGCUGAUGCUGAGGAGAAGAAAAAGGCCAGCCUGCCAAAAAAAGAGAAGUCUGUUCUCCAGGGAAAGCUGACCAAAUUAGCUGUUCAAAUUGGCAAAGCAGGUCUGGUAAUGUCAGCCAUCACUGUCAUCAUCUUGGUGGUUCUCUUUGUUGUUGACACCUUUUGGAUCCAGAACUUGCCUUGGGUCAAGGAUUGUACACCCAUUUAUGUCCAGUUCUUUGUCAAAUUCUUCAUCAUUGGUGUCACUGUUUUGGUUGUGGCAGUGCCCGAAGGUCUGCCACUGGCUGUAACCAUCUCCCUGGCUUACUCCGUCAAGAAAAUGAUGAAAGACAACAACCUGGUACGUCACCUCGAUGCCUGUGAGACAAUGGGCAAUGCCACCGCCAUCUGCUCGGACAAGACGGGCACGCUUACCAUGAACCGUAUGACUGUGGUGCAGGCCUACAUCGCAGACAAGCAUUUCAAGAAAGUCCCUUCGCCUGAGAGCAUCCCUUCUUCCAUCUUGGACAUUCUGAUCCUGGGCAUUGGCGUCAACUGCGCCUACACCACUAAAAUCAUGUCUCCAGAGAAAGAAGGAGGCCUCCCAAGGCAGGUGGGUAACAAAACCGAAUGUGCCUUGCUGGGCUUUGCCACUGACCUGAAGCGGGACUAUCAGGCCAUUCGCAAUGAGAUCCCUGAGGAAAAGCUUUAUAAAGUCUAUACCUUCAACUCUGUCCGCAAGUCCAUGAGUACUGUGCUGAAAAACGCUGAUGGCAGCUACCGUAUGUUCAGCAAAGGGGCAUCUGAAAUCCUCCUCAAGAAGUGCUAUAAAAUCCUUACAGCCAGUGGCGAGUCUAAGGUGUUCCGGCCACGGGACAGAGAUGACAUGGUAAAGAAGGUGAUUGAGCCCAUGGCCUCCGAGGGCCUGAGAACCAUCUGCCUAGCCUACAGGGACUUCCCUGCCUCAGAGGGUGACCCUGAUUGGGACAAUGAGAAUGAUAUCCUCACUGGACUUACCUGCGUCUGUGUAGUGGGAAUUGAAGACCCUGUGAGAACAGAGGUCCCAGAGGCUAUCAGGAAGUGCCAGCGCGCUGGUAUCACAGUACGAAUGGUCACUGGGGACAACAUCAACACAGCCCGAGCCAUUGCCACCAAGUGCGGUAUCCUGCAGCCUGGAGAUGACUUCCUCUGCCUGGAAGGCAAAGAGUUCAACCGGAGGAUACGCAACGAAAAAGGAGAGAUUGAACAAGAACGUAUAGACAAGCUCUGGCCCAAGCUUCGAGUACUAGCUCGCUCCUCCCCAACAGACAAGCACACAUUAGUUAAAGGUAUUAUUGACAGCACAGUGGCAGAACAGAGACAAGUGGUAGCAGUGACUGGGGAUGGUACAAAUGACGGCCCUGCCCUGAAGAAAGCUGAUGUGGGGUUUGCCAUGGGUAUUGCUGGAACGGAUGUAGCCAAGGAGGCAUCUGACAUCAUUUUGACAGAUGAUAACUUCUCCAGCAUAGUCAAGGCUGUGAUGUGGGGACGCAAUGUGUAUGACAGCAUCUCCAAGUUCCUCCAGUUUCAGCUCACAGUAAAUGUGGUGGCUGUCAUUGUAGCCUUCACUGGAGCCUGCAUCACACAGGAUUCUCCAUUGAAAGCAGUCCAGAUGUUGUGGGUCAAUUUGAUCAUGGACACCUUUGCUUCCCUGGCACUGGCCACAGAACCCCCAACUGAGGCCCUGCUGCUGAGGAAGCCCUACGGCCGCAACAAGCCCCUCAUAUCUCGCACCAUGAUGAAGAACAUCCUGGGUCAGGGAGUUUACCAGCUAGCCAUCAUCUUCACAUUGCUCUUUGCUGGUGAAAAGAUGUUUGACAUUGACAGCGGCAGAAACGCCCCCCUUCAUGCCCUGCCCUCCGAACACUACACCAUCGUCUUCAAUACCUUCGUCAUGAUGCAGCUGUUUAAUGAAAUCAACGCCCGCAAGAUCCAUGGCGAGAGGAAUGUCUUUGAUGGCAUCUUCAAUAACCUUAUCUUCUGUACCAUUGUCUUCGGCACCUUCAUCAUCCAGAUUGUCAUAGUGCAGUUUGGAGGGAAGCCGUUCAGCUGCGUGGCCCUGAGCAUUGACCAGUGGCUGUGGUGUACUUUCCUGGGUUUUGGCAGUCUACUGUGGGGACAGGUAAUCUCCUCAAUCCCCACAAGUCGUCUGAAGUUCCUGAAGACAGCGGGCCAUGGCACCCAGAAAGAAGAGAUUCCUGACGAGGAGCUGGAAGACAUGGAGGACAUGGAGGAGAUCGACCACGCUGAGCGUGAGCUCCGCCGGGGGCAGAUUCUCUGGUUCCGGGGCCUCAAUCGGAUCCAGACCCAGAUGGAUGUAGUGAGUGCGUUCCAGAGUGGAACUUCCUUUCAGGGGGCUCUAAGGCGACAGGCCUCCAACUCCAGCCAACAACAGCACGAUAUUCGGGUGGUGAAUGCAUUCCGCAGCUCCAUCUCCCUCUAUGAGGGGCUGGAGAAGCCCGAGUCGCGAACGUCCAUCCAUAACUUCAUGACCCACCCAGAGUUCAGGAUAGAGGACUCUGAGCCCCACAUCCCCCUCAUAGAUGACACUGACGCCGAGGACGACGCCCCUACCAAGCGCAACUCCGCCAGCCCCCGAAAUGCCACGCCGACCCCUCCUUCACCCGGCACUGCCGCCCCUACCAUGCCGGCCUCCCCCUCCCUCACGCCGGUCUCGCCCUCCCCUAACCAGAACAAUAACGCCGUGGAGAGCGGCAACCACCUCCUCCCAGAGGGCAACAAGUCAGGAACCCCCUCGGCCCCCGGGAGCCCCCUACACAGCCUGGAGACCUCUCUCUGAUCUGACCCCUGCCCCACAAUAAUAACACCGCACCACUUUCUACCUGCCACCAAGGAGCUCGCCUCAGACGACGAAUGAACACAUCCACAAUGAGAGGAGAGACGGGAGGCUUGGAGGAGAUCGCAAGUCUCUGUUAGCUUAGCUUGGGCUGGACUUAAACAAGAGCAAACAUUCAUAAGAAUGUAGGGUUUGGUGUG